AAAAAUAUGAAAAAUUUCAAUUGAGAUGCAUUUCAGCUUCAAUUCACUUUUUUUUCUUCUUUUUUUUAAUUAGUUUGUCAAUUUGAAAACAAAUUUUCAGCUACAUUUUAACUCAUCCUUAGACAAUCACUUCUAUUUAGAUAACAAUGGCUGACGGCAGCUACGUAGUUCCCAGAAACUUCCGACUCCUCGAGGAGCUAGAAAAAUGCGAGAAGGGCACUGGCGACGGCCUUUGCAGCUACGGCCUAGACGACAGCGUCGAGGACCUUGUGGAGAUGGAGUACUGGCUUGGCACCAUAUUCGGACCUGAACACACCACCCAUUAUAACCGCAUCUACUCUCUGCGCAUAUAUUGCGGGCCCAACUACCCCAAUGUUGCGCCCAAGGUCAAGUUCGUUUCCAAGGUGGCAAUGGGAUGCGUGGAGCCGCAUACGGGCGUGGUUUCGGAUGACAUCAAUGUGCUGAGGUCGUGGAAGCCUAACUAUACGCUGAUGACGUUGCUCAAGGAGCUGCGCGCGGAGAUGGCCGCGGGAAACAACAGAAAGGUCGAGCAGCCGCUAGAGGGAUCCGUAUUCCUGGCGGAUAUCCUUCCUGCUGACCAGCGCAAUGAGAAUGCGCCUUGGUAAAUAGUGCCCUUGAUUUUUUUUGUUGAAGAGAUUUGGAAGGCUUUCUUUUUAAUGGCCGCCUGUGUUUGUUGUUUUUGCGCCCAAGCUGGCAUUGUUGUGAGUGGGUCAUUUGGCAAGUCAGCCAGCCAGUCAGCCAGCCAGCCAGCCAGCCAGCCAGCUACCAGCUACCAGCUACCAGCUACCAGCUACCAGCUA